UGAAAGGUUAAGGAAGGUUUCUGUUUCUGGUAAAAGUAUGAUUAUUUGUGCAGAAGUUUGGUUGUGAAACUGUUUAUUACAUAUAAAUUUUGAAAAUAUUUUUUCCGAAUGUAAAUAAAAGAUUAUUCUAGUACUUACAAGCUAUACUAGCACUGCAGAGACUCGUUGUUUUGUGUUGUGAUUAUUUUCCGACAUGAGUGUUGCUCCACAGUUAGCACUAUUACGGAAACGACUAGAAGAAAUUAAAGUUGCAGGUAAAUCGAAAGAAGAGCUGCAAGCAAUUGAGGAUUCAAAGUUUCAGCAGUGUCUCAAGGAGUGGACUGCAAAACGGCAGGCCCCACCAAAAGGCAUUCCAAGGUUUUUUGAAAGGAUCCCCAAAGAAACUGAACCUUUACGGAUGAAGCUGAGAGAUGCAGCCAGGACAAAUUUAUUUAAAAGGAAAAGUUUGCAGCUACUUGAUAAUGAUGAUUUAAAAGAGCUAUAUGUAUUAUUAGAUCAAAACCAGAGCUUUCCUGAAGAGCAACUGAUGACCUAUGCUGAUUUUCAGAAAGUACAAUCAUUGGCUAGGGAGAAAGUAAAGCCAUACUUAACAGCCCACACAUUUGCAAAGCUGCAACAAGGUGACCCUCAAGGCAGAAUCCCAAUAAUGUCCAUCUUCAAUUAUGUGAUGCAUAAGGUGUGGUUAGACCAGACCCGAGUAGGACUAUCACUGUUUGAUGCCACAGGUCAGGGUUACCUUACAUCCACUGAUUUGGAGAACUACAUCAUAGAAUUACUGCCUAAUCUACCUCAGCUCAAAGGACUGGAAGAGUCUUUUCACAGCUUUUAUGUUUGUACUGCAGUUAGUAAAUUUCUGUUCUUCUUAGAUGUUGCCAGAGCUGGGAGGAUUCGAAUAUUAGAUAUAUUGGCUUGUUCGUUUUUGGAUGAACUGCUAGAACUAAGAGAUGAGGACUUGAGUAAGGAGACGCAAGAACAAAAUUGGUUUAGUGCGCCUUCUGCAUUGAAGGUCUAUGGGCAUUAUUUGAACUUGGAUAGAGACCAUAAUGGAAUGCUCAGCAAAACUGAAUUGGCUAGUUACGGCUCAGGAACCCUGACCAAACCAUUUUUAGAUAGGGUAUUUGAAACUUGUUUAACAUACGCAGGAGAAAUGGACUACAAGACUUACCUAGAUCUAGUAUUGGCAUUGGAGAACAGAGCUGAACCCCAGGCACUGGCAUUCCUCUUCAAAAUAUUGGACAUCAAAGAAGAGAGAUAUUUGGAUGCUUUCACUCUCAAUUAUUUUUUCAGAGGUAUUCAAGAGCAGAUGAAGGCUCACGGUUCAGAAGCAGUUUCUUUUGAAGAUGUAAAAGACGAGCUUUUUGAUAUGGUUCGACCUGCCGAUCCCGAGAAAAUCACAUUGGCCGAUCUUGUGGCUUGUGGCCAAGGAGACACUUUUGUCAGUAUUUUAAUAGAGUUUCAUGGUUUCUGGACGUACGAGAAUCGAGAGGCUAUGUCAUCAGAACCAUCGCAAGAUUGAUAGGUGUGUCAUGCGAAUUUUUCACUUUUUGAUACGGAGAUACUGCAGUCAAUUAAUUUGGUGCUCAUUUGGUCACUUGGGAAGUUGAAAGCUUGACCUCUCAUGGAUUUCGGUGUGCUCUUACCGAAUUUCUUUUUAAAACCUUAUUUUAUCCUAAUCCAUGUGUCGGAAAAUUUUCGAAUACAUAAAAAUGUUAGAUGAGCUAUAUUAAUAUAUUUAUUUUAUACUUUUAUAAAUAGAUCUAUUGAAAAAAUGAAACUUCUUUAUUCCA